AUGUACGAAAAAGAAUUAGGAUGGGAUGCUUGGGCCAGGAGGAGCAGUGUCCCCAAUGAUACUAUGAAAAGUACGCUACCCAUUGCUUUGUGUCAUCUCUAUCCUGCAGUUAACGAAGGCUACCAAUCAGGCGUCCUCGAAGGACAGCGCUCCCGGUCCUCGUCCUUUGACACUGGUCUCGCACUCAUCAAAUCACCCAGCACCACAUCUUCAUUCACAUAUCGUCUCCCCGAGUGGGGAUGCCAGGUGACACCACAGUCCGAGAAUAUGGCAAAAGCAACUGCGUUUUCUGGGUUGGACAUGCAGGAGAGCAAGUUGUUCACUGGGAUUCAAACAUUGGUUUCAGAGUCCAAUUUAGAUCGCCUAGCGCUGAACCCACCUCCAUUUGAAUCUGCGAAAACCCCAGAAUGGAGCGACGCUGCAAGCCGGUUCAUGGAACAAGUGCCUUUGUUGACUCCUAGCGUGAUACCUCUGCCAAAAAAGCACGAAAGGCCCACAAAGGCUAAACCCGAUGCAGCUAGAUACUUUGUCAUCAAAUCUUCAAGCCCCUACAACGUCCAAGCCUCCCUCCGAUACAACAUCUGGUCGUCAACGGACCUCGGUAACCGCCGGCUCGACACGGCUUUUAGAACCUCAACCCGGAGUCCACCCCUGGUGUUCCUCUUUUUCUCAGUAGCCUCUUCGGGGCGCUUUUGCGGUGUGGCACGCAUGACCAGCAGCGUAGAUUGGAAUGCGUCGACAGAUGUGUGGGAGCAUCCUCAGAAAUGGAAGGGCGUAUUUAAGCUCGAGUGGCUGCUUGUAAAGGAUGUACCAAAUCAGGUGUUCAGGCAUUUGAGAGUCCCAGCGAAUGAAAACAAACCGGUGCCAAACUCGCGUGAUACACAAGAACUGAUGUCCACCAUUGGUCAGGAAGUGCUAAAGUUGUUCGCAAUGUACCCGUCUGAUCGGUCUGUUUUGGAUGAUGCUGUUGAACCGCCUAGUACGCAAAAGACACUUUCGUCUAUGGCAUUGUUACGUGGGGUGUAA